GUGAAGGAUGAGCGAUGGCGCACUCCUGGCGCCCGAGGCCAUGGGAGACGGUCGCCUUCUCCCGGCGCGUCAUGAUGGCGCACUGGCACGUCGUCCUGGUGGCGCUGCAGCUGGUCGGGAUCCUCAGCUGCAGCGGCUGGCCGCCGCGCUGGUCGCGCCACUGGGCGUGCUACGGCUACGUGUCUCUGGUGGUGUUGGCUGUCGCCAGGGUCGCGCUGUUUGCCUUUCUGUUCUUCACCGUGUUCAAGCCUCAGGUCGAGACAGCGCGAAAAAGUUCAUAUCCUAACGAAAUUUCGUACAUCUUCUGGCUCGGCGCCUUCAACCUGUGUAUAAAGGGCCUCACCGUUAUUCUGACCCAGGUGGUUAUGGUGCUCCAUUCUCGCGACGUGAGCCUGCUCGUCAGGGCCGUGUUCCUCUACUUGCACUCCUUCCCGGGUCCGAGGCACAAGCACGGGUGCAGGCGUGCCGCCAUCGCGUGGUUCGGGGCAAACUUCGCCUUCAACUCCAUUUACAGCAUCAUUUAUGCCAACUUGUUCGUACAUACAUGGGACGGCAUGUUCUUUAUUUUGAAUGACAUGAUGCCAGACGUGCUCAUCAGCGCGACGCAGGACUCGUUCCUGCACGUCGUGUCGGCCAACGUCGACUUCCUGGCGGCCAUCGCUGACGGCGUGCACGAGCACGUCGCCUCGCUGCCGCGCGUGGCCGCGGCCGGGUCUGUGAGAGCGGCGGGCGCGCCCGGCACAGCGUGCUCGGCGACCUGCCCCGCGCACUGCGGCCGGGUCCCCGUGCUCCUGGGCGAGCAGGGCGACGCGCGCGUCCUACUGCACGGCCUGCGCACGCUCCGGGUGCGCUACCAGUGCGUCCAGGACGUGGUGCACGCCACCAACUGGGUCUACGGCUGGUUCAACCUGCUCGCCGGGACGGCCACGCUCAUCGGCGGGGUGGUGUCCCUGUACUCGGGCGUCAUGCUCACCAUCACGUUCGCCGGGGUGCUGGGCGACUACGAGGAUCCGCUUCCCUUUAACGCGUUCGACGGAGCCUCCUGUCUGGUGUUGGGGACAUUGCUGACCACUAGACUUCUAGUCAUCUGCGCCGUUGGAGAACAGAUGAGUUCGGAGAAUUUCAGGAUUUCGAGCGCCUUGCAGACGGGGUUGGCUCGUCACCCAGGCAUAGACCUUCGGAUCGAGCGAGAGAUUCAAUCGUUUUUACGCCAGACACAGAUGCAGGAAAUUCGAUUUGGGGCGUUCAAUCUCUUGUAUUACGAUUUGGAUACUAUCAAGAGAACCAUUGCCGCCUGCAUGACAAACAUCGUCAUUUUAGUACAGUUUUCUGCAAUCUCAGCUCAAGGCAAACGCAGAGAGCAAUAUCUUUGAACUAUAAGAAGUCAUUAAAUUUUGAUUGACGUCCAUCAAUCAAUGAAAUAGUUUUGAUAAACUUCAAUAAAAUUGGACUACCCGCCCAUA